ACUCUCUUUUUCUAUGGCUCUGGGAGGGACUUGACCAUACCGUCGACUUAGGUUACUAGGAAGUUCAGCGGUGACUGCAGUCACAGAUAGCGUUAUCACUGGGUUUGAGAGGGGGAAAUCCAAAUCAAGGAGUUUAUAAUAUUUAAAUAUGCAGAACGUGAUGGAUUUUAAGCAGUUUGCGAAGGAACAUGCAAUUGGUCUUGCAGUCGCCCUUAUCGCAGGAGUGAGCAUUGUGGCCUUGCGCAGAUGGAAGGCCGGUGGAAUGUGCAGGAGCAAGGUCAGGCUGGAUUGCAAAACAGUCCUGAUUACAGGGGCCAACACUGGCAUUGGGAAGGAGACAGCCAUGGACAUGGCCCGCAGAGGGGCCAGAGUGCUCCUGGCCUGCAGAGACAUGACCAAAGCCAACAAGGCAGCAGACGAGAUCAGGAAGAAGACCGGUAAUGGGAACGUGGUGGUAAAACAUCUGGACCUUACCUCACUGCAGUCAGUCAGGGACCUGGCCAAAGAUAUCCUGGAGAAUGAGGACAGGCUUGACAUCCUUAUCAACAAUGCAGGAAUCAUGAUGUGUCCCAAAUGGAAGACUGUGGAUGGCUUUGAGAUGCAGUUUGGUGUAAACCACCUUGGACACUUCCUUUUGACCAACUGCCUCUUGGAUCUGCUGAAGAAAUCCACUCCCAGUCGUGUUGUUAACGUGUCUAGUCUGGCCCACGAGAGAGGCAAGAUCCAUUUCGAUGACAUUAACCUUGACAAAGACUAUGACCCUGAUAUAAGAUACUUUCAGAGCAAGCUAGCCAACGUUCUCUUCAGUAGAGCGUUAGCAGCCAAACUAAACGGUACGGGUGUAACCGUGUACAGCCUUCACCCAGGCGUCAUCCGUACAGAGCUGGGCCGUCACUUCUUCCCCACCCUAGCCCUGUGGAAGAAGAUCUUGGCUGUGCCAUAAUUUCACAUUAAUUUCAUGAAGACGCCCUGGGAAGGGGCUCAGACUACCAUUUUUUGUGCUGUGGAUGAGAGCCAAGCCAACGUCACUGGCCUGUACUACAGUGACUGCGCCCCUAAAGAGGCUGCCCCACAGGGCCGGGAUGACGAGGCUGCAACACGACUGUGGGAUCUCAGUGCCUCCAUGGUGGGCUUUGCCUGAUGGAGUCACUCCGUCCAUAUCCUCAAAGAGGUAAAGCUACUGGCACUAUUGCAAGCAGGUUAGAAGGUUUCCGGUUCGAUUCCCGUCCGUGCGAAAUGGCGUUGUUUCCUUGGGCAAGGCACUUCACCCUACUUGCUUCGAGGGGAAUGUCCCUGUACUUACUCGUCUUUAUCCCUGGCGACAGAACACCACCCCGGGGCCUGAACAUCCCUCCCGGCCUUCAGCAAAUCCCCACUGUGGCCCUGAAAUUCUCAUGGAGCAUCCUGAUCCACAGUAAAUACGCCCUUUACGGGAAGAGCAAGUAUCAGAAGGGCAGAUUCUAUAGCAGUGUUGUGGAUGUGUUGUCCUUCUUGGUUUUUGGCUAUAGUUAGGCACUACGCCAGAUCAAGACCGUAUGAAAUUUUUGCCAAACAAUACAGCUAAAGACUUCUAUGCAUGACAAUAAAGAUCAGGUGAAUUUAUUUUUUAUUGUUAAAACAUUUAAACUCAGCUAUUGAUCCAGGAGGGGCCAUGCUGCCAGGCCCAUGUGUAGCCAUGUGACUCAACCUCCUUCCGCCUGGCUUGACAUGUUGUUCUUGAUAUUCUGUGAUGUCUUAGCAUUCCAUUGUCAGAGGAAAGGCCGUAGUCGUCUCGACUGGCUUUGUGGACGAUUAUUUAGUUGAGUUCUUCCUGUCGGUGUGAAAGUCUGGCGCUAUGCAAACAGGGAUCAUCGCCUCUUUAUCCAGUUCCGGCGUUCCUCCGCACAUCAGACGACAGGGCCGCUCAUGUGGACCAGAGGAGAUCUGCUAAAACAUCUUCUGUCGCUCGCUGGCCCAGGCACCGGGAUUAACCCAGCUACAUUCCCAGCUCUCUCUGUCUCUCCUUCCCUCGCUCCCUCCCACCCUCCUUCCUAAGUAUUUGCCAAUAAAUCGUUUUAAAUUAA